CCUGUCCCGGUGCGCGGGUCUGUGGGGAGCCGGGAGCGAGAGGCGGCAGCGUAGGGGGGCCGGAGCCGAGCGGACAGCACGGUCGGCCGGGGGACAGUGGGUCUGUGACAGACCGAAGGAAAGGGCCGAGGCCGCGAGGCUCGCUGACACGCGAUGGGGAAGAAACAGAAAAACAAGAGCGAGGACAGCACCAAGGAUGACAUUGAUCUCGAUGCCUUGGCUGCAGAAAUAGAAGGAGCUGGUGCUGCCAAGGAGCAGGAACCACAAAAGUCAAAGGGGAAAAAGAAAAAGGAGAAAAAAAAGCAGGACUUUGAUGAAGAUGAUAUCCUGAAAGAACUGGAAGAGUUGUCUUUAGAGGCUCAAGGCAUCAAAGUCGACAGAGAAACUGCUCCCAUAAAGCCAACAGAAAAUAAUGAAGAAGAGUCUACCUUGAAACAAGAGAAAAAAAAGAAAGGACAGAAGGGCAAAAAACAAAGUUUUGAUGAUAAUGAUAAUGAAGAAUUGGAAGAUAAAGAUUCAAAAUCAAAAAAGACUGCAAAACCAAAAGUGGAAGUGUACUCUGGGAGUGACGAUGAUGAUUUUAGUAAAAUUUCUAAAAAAGCUAAAGGGAAAGCUCAAAAAUCAAAUAAAAAGUGGGAGGGGUCGGAAGAGGAUGAAGAUAACAGUAAAAGAACUAAGGAGCGUUCCAGGGUCAAUUCUUCAGGCGAAAGUGGUGAUGACUCAGAUGAAUUUUUGCAGUCUAGAAAAGGACAGAAAAAAAAUCAAAAGAAUAAGCAGCCAGGUGCUAAUGCAGAGAGUGGCAAUGAAGAUGACGAUUCCUCCUUCAGAAUUAAGACGGUGGCCCAAAAGAAGGCAGAAAAGAAAGAGCGCGAGAGAAAAAAAAGAGACGAGGAAAAGGCAAAACUGCGGAAGCUGAAGGAAAAAGAGGAGUUAGAGACAGAUAGAAAGGACCAGAGUAAACAGAAAGAAUCUCUGAAGAAACCUGAAGAGGAGCCUGUAAAAUCCAAAACAACCGUUGACGUUGGAGUGACCCCAGGCCCUGAAGACAGAGGAGAGACUCCCAUGGCGGCAGAAGAUGACAAUGAAGGAGACAAAAAGAAGAAAGAUAAGAAGAAAAAGAAAGGAGAGAAGGAAGAAAAAGAGAAAGAGAAGAAAAAAGGACCUAGCAAAGCCACAGUUAAAGCUAUGCAAGAAGCUCUGGCUAAGCUCAAGGAAGAAGAAGAAAGACAGAAGAGAGAGGAGGAAGAACGGGUAAAACGACUCGAGGAGUUAGAAGCUAAGCGUAAAGAAGAGGAACGGUUGGAACAAGAAAAAAGAGAAAGGAAAAAGCAAAAAGAAAAAGAAAGAAAAGAACGCUUGAAAAAAGAAGGGAAACUUUUAACCAAAUCCCAGAGAGAAGCCAGAGCCAGAGCUGAAGCUACCCUUAAACUUCUACAAGCUCAGGGUGUUGAAGUGCCAUCAAAAGACUCAUUGCCAAAGAAAAGGCCAAUUUAUGAAGACAAAAAAAAGAAAAAAGCACAACAGCUAGAAAAUAAAGAAGUGUCUGAACCGAUAGAACUAAGUGCUGCUAUAGAAGCUGCGGAGCAGGAAGCACCGGACAAAGAAGAGAUCGCACCUCCUGUUGAGCCAGAAGAGGAAGAAGAAACUGAGGAUGCUGGAUUGGAUGAUUGGGAAGCUAUGGCCAGUGACGAGGAGAGAGAAAAAGAAGGAAAUACUGUACAUAUAGAAGUAAAAGAAAACCCUGAAGAGGAGGAGGAGGAAGAGGAAGAGGAGGAAGAAGAAGAGAGUGAAGAGGAAGAAGAGGAGGAAGGAGACAGUGAAGUUAGUGAAGGCGAUGAGGAAGAUGAAAAGGCUCCAGAUGACAAAGACACAGGAAAAACCUUAGAUAAAAGGCCAAGUAAAGAAAUGAGCUCAGAAUCCGAAUAUGACUCUGAUGACGAUCGAACUAAAGAAGAAAGGGCUUAUGACAAAGCAAAACGGAGGAUUGAGAAACGGAGACUUGAACACAGUAAAAAUGUAAAUACAGAAAAGCUGAGAGCCCCUAUUAUCUGUGUACUUGGACAUGUGGACACAGGGAAGACAAAAAUUCUGGAUAAACUCCGGCACACUCAUGUUCAAGAUGGUGAAGCAGGAGGUAUCACACAACAGAUUGGGGCCACUAAUGUUCCCCUUGAAGCAAUUAAUGAACAGACUAAGAUGAUCAAGAAUUUUGAUAGAGAGAAUGUACGGAUUCCAGGAAUGCUGAUCAUUGAUACUCCUGGGCACGAGUCCUUCAGUAACCUGAGAAACAGAGGGAGCUCUCUGUGUGAUAUUGCCAUUUUAGUUGUGGAUAUCAUGCAUGGCCUGGAACCUCAGACCAUUGAAUCCAUCAACCUUCUGAAGUCUAAAAAAUGCCCCUUCAUUGUGGCGCUCAAUAAGAUUGAUAGGUUGUAUGAUUGGAAAAAGAGCCCUGACUCUGAUGUGGCUGCUACUUUAAAGAAGCAGAAAAAAAAUACAAAAGAUGAAUUUGAGGAGCGAGCAAAAGCUAUUAUUGUGGAAUUUGCACAGCAGGGUCUGAAUGCUGCUUUGUUUUACGAGAAUAAAGACCCCCGCACGUUUGUGUCCUUGGUACCCACCUCUGCCCAUACUGGCGACGGCAUGGGAAGUCUGAUAUACCUCCUUGUGGAGUUAACACAGACCAUGUUGAGCAGGAGGCUGGCACACUGCGAGGAGCUGAGAGCGCAGGUGAUGGAGGUUAAAGCUCUCCCGGGAAUGGGCACCACUAUAGAUGUCAUAUUGAUCAAUGGGCGUUUGAAGGAAGGAGACACAAUCAUCGUUCCUGGAGUAGAAGGGCCCAUUGUGACACAGAUCCGAGGCCUCCUGCUACCUCCUCCUAUGAAGGAAUUACGAGUGAAGAACCAGUAUGAGAAGCAUAAAGAAGUAGAAGCAGCUCAGGGGGUGAAGAUUCUUGGAAAAGACCUGGAGAAAACAUUGGCUGGUUUACCCCUCCUGGUGGCUUAUAAGGAGGAUGAAAUCCCUGUUCUUAAAGAUGAGUUGAUCCACGAGUUAAAGCAGACACUAAAUGCCAUCAAAUUAGAAGAAAAAGGAGUCUAUGUCCAGGCCUCUACCCUGGGCUCUUUGGAGGCUCUACUUGAAUUUCUGAAAACAUCAGAAGUACCCUACGCAGGAAUUAACAUUGGCCCGGUCCACAGAAAGGAUGUCAUGAAGGCCUCAGUGAUGUUGGAACAUGACCCUCAGUAUGCCGUUAUUUUGGCCUUUGACGUGAGAAUUGAACGGGAUGCACAAGAAAUGGCUGAUAGUUUAGGAGUUAGAAUUUUUAGUGCAGAAAUUAUUUAUCACUUAUUUGAUGCCUUUACAAAAUAUAGACAAGACUACAAGAAACAGAAACAAGAAGAAUUUAAGCACAUAGCGGUAUUUCCCUGCAAGAUGAAAAUCCUCCCUCAGUUCAUUUUCAAUUCCCGAGAUCCAAUAGUGAUAGGAGUGACCGUGGAAGCAGGGCAGGUGAAACAGGGCACGCCCAUGUGCGUCCCUAGCAAAAACUUUGUUGACAUUGGAAUAGUAACAAGUAUUGAAAUAAACCAUAAACAAGUGGAAGUUGCAAAAAAAGGACAAGAAGUCUGUGUCAAAAUAGAACCCAUCCCUGGUGAAUCCCCUAAAAUGUACGGAAGACAUUUUGAAGCUACAGACAUUCUCGUCAGCAAGAUCACCCGACAGUCCAUUGAUGCUCUCAAAGACUGGUUCCGAGAUGAGAUGCAGAAGAGUGACUGGCAGCUUAUUGUGGAGCUGAAGAAAGUAUUUGAGAUCAUCUGAUUUUUCCAUCUGGCGC